CUUACACGCAUAUUUAAUUGCUUGCUUUAAAAUACCUUUAACGAUCAGCAAUUAUUCAUAAAUACAUUCCCAAAAACCACCUUCCGAAAAGCGUUCAAAAUGGUAUUAGUUUUUGUUUGACCAUCAAAACCUUAACAUGUGGCCUAAGCUGAACUGGCUCUCUCUUUUUGUGAUCUUUUAUUCGAUCACUGAAAUCUUAUCUAGAGUAGAGUUUACCAACAUCAAAUGCGAUUGUGUGGAUAAGGAGUACUGCGCUGUGGAUCAAUGUUACUUGAAGUCGAUAAAUCGAACCUACAAAUAUCUUAGUAUAAAAGUGAACUUACUUAAACCCUUAGUUACCAAUGUUAUGGUAAAUGGGGCGAUGCUAAAACGGGCAAAUGGAUACAAGCCAUUUCUCUACAAUAUCACUAUCGAUUUCUGUAGAUUCAUGAAAUAUCGUAGGUCGAAUCCAGUCGCACUUUACGCACUUGGUUUGCUUGGAACGAACACCAAUUUGAACCACUCAUGUCCCUACCACGGUGUUAUGUUUGUGGAUAAGCUGCCUACCAGCUUUAUCAAUCAUCAGAUAACAGAGAUUUUGCCCUUUCCUGAAGGUGACUACAUGUUGGAAUACCGUUUCUCUUCAGAAAACAUCAAUCGAGCUGUCUUCCAAGUCUAUGGAACUCUUUCUUAACUUGAUUGGAAACUCGCAGAACCGUUUUGCUUUCGCUGUCAAAUUUUCCAUUAACAAAUAAUUGCAAUACAUAGUGGC